CUUCUCCCCCUCAUUCUCCCACCUGCCACUCCGCAAGACUUCACUUCGUUGUAUACCCCGAUAGAAGGCCUUCAAUAUGUCUGCAGCGCAACUCCUGAAUCCCAAGGCGGAGUCGAGGAGACGUGGGGAAGCUCUUCAAGUGAAUAUAUCGGCCGGAGAGGGUCUACAGAAGGUGUUGGCAUCAAAUCUGGGACCUCGUGGAACGCUGAAGAUGCUGGUUGAUGGCGCAGGCUCAAUCAAACUCACGAAAGAUGGAAGCGUCUUGUUACGAGAAAUGCAAAUACAAAACCCCACAGCCGUCAUGAUUGCACGAGCUGCUACCGCACAAGAUGAUAUCACUGGGGAUGGAACGACCUCUGUGGUAUUGCUGGUCGGCGAGCUGUUGAAGCAGGCAGAUCGAUACAUAUCAGAAGGCCUACACCCCAGGGUAAUCACAGAUGGUUACGAGAUUGCAAAGACGGAGGCACUAAAGUUCCUCGACGGCUUCAAGCUGAACAAGGAAGUCGACCGUGAACUCCUCCUAUCUGUCGCCCGGACCUCGCUUUCCACGAAGUUGAACAGCACGCUUGCUGAGCAGCUCACCCCAGAUAUUGUCGAUGCUGUUCUUACGAUAUACAACCCCCCCGCCAAGCCAGAUCUGCAUAUGAUUGAGAUCAUGACUAUGCAGCACCGAACAGCUGCAGAUACCCAGCUGAUCAGAGGUCUGGCAUUGGACCACGGCGCGAGACAUCCGGACAUGCCAAAGCGUGUUGAGAACGCCUUCAUCCUAACCCUCAACGUGAGCUUAGAAUACGAAAAGUCGGAGAUCAACUCCGGGUUCUUCUACUCUAGUGCAGACCAGCGUGAGAAGCUAGUGGAGAGUGAGAGGAGAUUUGUCGACGAGAAGCUGCGGAAGAUCGUCGAGUUGAAGAAGGAAGUUUGCGGCAACGACCCCAAGAAAGGCUUCGUCAUAAUAAACCAGAAGGGUAUCGAUCCGUUGAGCUUGGAUGUUCUGGUGAAGAACGGCAUCUUCGCUCUAAGGCGUGCCAAACGGAGGAACAUGGAACGUCUACAGUUGAUUUGCGGCGGAACGUCACAAAACAGCGUGGAAGAUCUAACACCCGAUGUGCUCGGAUGGGCUGGAUUAGUGUACGAGCACCAGCUUGGCGAGGAGAAGUACACUUUCAUUGAAGAUGUCAAGGAGCCGAAAUCCGUCACUCUGCUCAUCAAAGGUCCGAAUGCGCAUACUAUUACGCAAAUCAAGGACGCGGUCCGAGACGGUCUAAGAAGCGUGUACAACAUGAUCGUGGACGGGAGCGUCGUUCCAGGCGGUGGGGCGUUUCAGAUUGCGUGCGCUGCACAUCUCUCUAGCGACAGCUUCCGCAAGACGCUUAAAGGAAAGGCCAAAUGGGGUGUCACAGCGUUCGCAGAUGCUUUGUUGGUGAUUCCCAAGACACUCGCAGCAAACUCUGGUCACGACAUACAAGAUUCGCUGGCGGAACUGCAGGACGAGUAUGCCGACGGAAAUAUCGUCGGCCUCAAUCUCGCAACCGGCGAGGCCAUGGACCCCACACAAGAGGGCGUCUACGACUCGUUCCGAGUGCUGCGCAACUGCAUUGCGUCCAGCACUGGCAUUGCAUCCAACUUGCUCUUGUGUGACGAGAUGCUGAAGGCACGGCAAAUGGGACGACAGCCAGACCCGGCUGGUGACAACCAGUAGUGGGAGCGGACAGGAUAGUCGGGAGCACAGCAUGCGCCAGGAUCUGGUCGAGAACCAGCCGCUUGCGAGGCGGGAGCGUCUGCGCGCACUGUAUGCGCAACUCGGUACUUAUAGUAGAGCCAGCGGCCGGACAUUGAUUGGUGCUGGUCGUGGGUGCAAUAUGGGCCGUCUGCAAGUAGACAGUGUAUAUUAAAAGCUUGCCGAAAUAGACUGUCAAUGCCAACAUGAACGCGC